CUGAUAGAGUCCCAGAUCAGUCCAUGUCUCAUUGAGGCCAGUACUAUACCUCGAAGACAGGACAGAUGCGUAUAAAACGAACAGUUUCGCUCAUGAUAGCGAUUCAUUCGAGCAAUUACAGCCUACAACAAAGCCCCUUUGUCUCUUCCACUGGAAUUACUAGAGUAACGCCUGCCUACCAUGCCUGAACCAAUUGCCAUUAUUGGGAUCGGUUGCCGUUUCCCAGGAGGUUGUGAUACUCCUAGCAAGCUCUGGGAGCUUUUAAGAGACCCUUACGAUAUUUCCAAGAAGGUCCCUUCUGAUCGAUUUAAUGUUGAUAAUUUUUACCACCCAGAAGCAACUCACCAUGGAACUACCAACGCAACGAAGUCCUACUUUCUUGAAGAGAAUAUUGCUCAUUUUGACGCGCCAUUCUUCAACAUACAACCAAUGGAGAGCGAUGCCAUUGACCCACAGCAACGUCUACUCCUGGAAACUGUGUAUGAUUCUCUCUGUACUGCAGGUCUGCCCAUGGAGAACCUCCGUGGGUCGUCUACAGCAGUCUACGUGGGUAUGAUGUGUGAUGAUUGGUCUACCAUGGUGGCCAGCGAUAUUGAGGCACUUCCGACAUACACGGCUACUGGGUUAGCUCGAAGUAUAGUCUCCAACCGGAUAUCCUACGUUUUCGACUGGCAUGGUCCAUCAAUGACCAUUGAUACAGCAUGCUCGUCCAGUCUUGUGGCCGUGCAUCAAGCCGUGCAAACACUUCGUAGCGGUGAAUCUUCUCUCGCUAUAGCAGCAGGAACGAACUUGAUUUUGGGCCCGACCAUGUAUGUGACGGAGACAAACCUGCGCAUGCUGUCACCAAAUGGCCGGUGUGCAAUGUGGGAUCGCGCCGCAGAUGGCUACGCUCGCGGAGAGGGUGUGGCAGCCGUGGUCCUGAAGACUUUGAGUCAAGCUCUUGCUGAUGGGGACCACAUUGAAUGCAUCAUUCGCGAGACUGGUGUCAAUCAGGAUGGACGGACCACUGGUCUUACUAUGCCGAGUAAUAUUGCACAAACGGCACUGAUUCGCGACACCUACCGUCGGGCCGGCCUGGAUAUCAAUAACCCUCUCGACCGUCCUCAGUUCUUCCACGCUCACGGUACUGGAACUCAAGCUGGCGACCCUCAAGAGGCGGAAGCGAUAUCGGCAGCAUUAUUCCCUAGAGACUCGAUUUCUGACACCAAAUUACUCGUUGGCUCUAUCAAGACCGUGAUAGGUCACACUGAAGGCUCUGCUGGACUGGCAUCUUUGAUUGGAUCAUUACUGGCCAUGAGACAUGCGGUCAUUCCGCCAAAUCUGCACUUUGAUCGAUUGAGUGACAAGGUCGCACCAUUCUACACCAAUCUAGAGAUCCCCACAGAGCCUUUACCUUGGCCUACACUGGCUCCUGGUCAGGUCAAACGGGCUAGCGUUAAUAGCUUUGGUUUUGGUGGAACCAAUGCCCACGCUAUCAUCGAAAGCUUCGAGCAGGGCUUUCAACAAUCAUCUGAACCUUCCUUAAUCUCAACCUUCACCCCUCUGAUCUUUUCUGCCGCUUCUGAAAAAAGCCUUAGGGCUAUGCUGUCCACCUACUCAAGCUACAUAACAACAAAUUCCACCUUGGACAUCCAAGAUCUCAUUACAACGCUGUGUUCGCGCCGCUCGACACUUCCUUAUCGAACAUAUGUUCCAGUCCGCGACAACGAAGGACUAGCCCAGCAGCUGAAAAUCAUGGCAGAUGCUGCCAGCAAUGAGACGGAACUCAGCAGUCGCCGUUAUCAGAUCGAUAAUCCUGCUAUUCUUGGUAUCUUCACCGGACAGGGGGCGCAGUGGCCGCGGAUGGGAGCGUGCCUUCUUGAGUCAUCUGUGUUUUGCCAGCAAAGAAUUGCUUACCUUGAUUCAGUCCUUCAGGACUUGCCUGUGGAGCAUAGACCUAGCUGGACCAUUCAGGACCAGUUGCUUGCCACUAGCGAGACCUCGCAUAUCACAGAGGCUGCGGUGUCGCAGCCUCUAUGUCUUGCGAUUCAAAUCGUACUGGUCGACGUUCUUCAUGCGGCAGGAAUUCUCUUCAAAGCAGUCGUGGGCCACUCAUCUGGCGAGAUCGCUGCUGCAUAUGCGGCGGGUCUUGUCUCUGCCGAGGAUGCUGUACGCAUUGCAUAUUACCGUGGUAUGCAUGCCAAACAUGCGUCAUCCCCCAAUGCUGAAAAGGGGGCUAUGAUGGCUGUUGGCACCUCUCAUGCCGAAGCUCUGCACAUCUGUGCUAAUCCACGCUUCAAAGAUCGCAUUCAGGUUGCAGCAGUGAACUCCAGCUCUAGUAUAACACUCUCUGGCGAUGAGAGAAUGAUCGAUGAGGCCCUCGAGAUGCUGAAGGCACAGCAGAAAUUCGCUCGAAAGCUGAAGGUUGAUACUGCCUAUCACUCAGCCCAUAUGUUGCCCUGUGCAGUUCCCUAUCUAGAGUCCAUGAGAUCAUGUGAGAUAGGGGUCAAUGAAGGAACAGGGCCAGUGUGGCUCUCAAGUGUUAUCGAAGGACAAAGGAUGUCAAAGGAAUUGCUCUCUGAGGUUUAUUGGGUUGACAACAUGUGCAACACAGUUUUAUUCUCUAGUGCUGUCUCUCAAGCCGUCUCUGAGCUUGGACCGUUCGAUUUAACUAUAGAAAUCGGGCCACACCCGGCGUUGAAGGGUCCAGCGACAGCAACUCUAGAGGAGUUUGGAUGCAAUGCCCCCUAUACCGGUGUCUUGACCCGCAUGAAAAAUGACUGUCACGAAUUAUCCGCAGCCCUGGGCUUCGUAUGGAUGCAUCUUGGAUCCGGCAGCAUUCAAUUCGAUGCAGUCAAUCAGCUCCUAUCUGGGUCAAAAGGUAAUAGAAGAAUUCUCACUACAUUGCCCUCGUACCCGUUCGAUCACCAGCGUGAGUACUGGACAGGAUCCCGAGUCUCCAACCACCAUAAAUUCCGCCGCAAUCCCCCAAACCCGCUGCUCGGUACCCAAUGCUGCGAGGCGAGUACUUUCCAGGAACUUCAAUGGCGAAACAUUCUCCGUCCGAGCGAAAUCUCUUGGCUUAGUGGCCACCGACUACAAGGCCAGAUGGUUUUCCCAGCCACGGGCUAUGUUUCUAUGGCGAUUGAAGCUACAAAGCAGCUUCUCAACCGGAAACAGAUUUUCUGUUUGAAAGUUUCCGACCUAGAAAUUGGCCGUGCGAUUGCCUUUGGUGACGAUGGGGCUAGUAUUGAGGUCAUCUUCAAUGUUAGUGUGCUGCAUACUUCUGAACAAUCAAUGAUCACUCAAUUCGCCUGUUAUUCGAUCACGAAGGCGGAUGGAAACGAAGUCUUGAACGCGAAAGGCAAGGUUAUCACAGAUUUCGGCGCUUCUAGUCCCACGGCACUUGCCAACUAUGAAUCAGAUCCCUUCAACCUGGUUACUGUUGAUGGGAAUGAGUUCUACCGGUGCCUUGCCAAGAUCGGUUAUAAUUACUCCAGGCCUUUCCAAGGGGUGUCACAAAUCCAACGGAAGCCCGGAUAUGCCACUGGCUUGAUCGAGGAUCAGUCUGGCAUGGCAUGGGAGGAUAACCUGAUCUUCCAUCCGGGAAUUCUUGACACUGCCUUACAAACCGCCUUCGCGGCGUGGUCCUUCCCUGGCGAUGGUCAGAUAUGGUCCCUUCACGUUCCCACGCGGUUUGAAUCAUUGGUCUUCAACACCCACUUUAGUCAUCUUGGGUUGGGCAAACAGGGCUCCUUCAAAUACGAGACAUUUAUUCGUACCAAUACCCAAGGAAGCUUGACUGCCGAUAUUCACUUGUACACAGCCGAUGGCAAGAACUCGUGCAUCCAGAUUGAAGGGGCAUCUCUCGUCCCAUUCUCUCCGGCCUCUGCUAAGGAUGACCUACCGCUCUUCUCAAGCUUCAGGCUGAGGCCUGCUGUUCCUGAUGGUCAUCUUGCAGCAAUGGGCGAGACGCUCUCCCCUUCUGAGGUACAGGUUUACAAGGAUAUUGACCGUGUUGCGUUUUGGUACAUCUGCAACGUUGUUCGAUCAAUUCCCCCAGAGGAGCGGGAUCAGAUCCUGCCCCAUUUCAGGUACUAUCUUCGAUGGUGUGAACGCAUGAUUGACAUGGUUUGUCGUGGCGAACAUCCCAAAGUACCGCCUGAAUGUCUCAAUGAUGACAGAGAAGAUAUCAGGCAGAUCUUGAGCAAAUACGAGGGACGAAAAGAUAUUCGCUUCGUGGAGGUCGUGGGCGACCAUCUCGUGGAAGUGGUCCGCAGCGGUACUAGCAUGUUGGAACACAUGAACCAGGACGGGCUUAUGCUCGCGGUAUACGAGAAUGGCUUGGCCGCUGGCCCAAAUAACCGCUGGAUGAGUCGCAUAGUUGCCCAAAUUGCGCACCGCUAUCCGGGAAUGCACAUUUUUGAAAUCGGAGCUGGAACAGGCGCGUCGACCAAGACAAUCUUGCCUGAAUUGGGCUCGGCCUUUGCCACAUAUACCUUUACUGACAUUUCUAGUGGAUUCUUCCCGGAGGCAGAGGAGCGCUUCAAAGAAUACGCAAACCGUGAGCAGGGGUUCACAGAAGGACAGUACGACGUCGUUAUCGCUGCCAAUGUCCUGCAUGUUUCAGCUGACAUGCAGCAAUCCAUGGCGAACGUCCGCCGGCUAUUGAAACCUGGAGGUUACUUACUUACGUUGGAAGUGACCAACUGCGACCUUCUUUUCAGUGGUAUGACGGUGGGAACACUUCCAGGCUGGUGGGUCGCAGCCGAGACAGGACGACCGUGGGGACCUUGCCUUACACUGCCUCAGUGGGAUGCUGUUCUCCGGCAAACUGGCUUUUCAGGUAUUGAUACGACAACACCUGAUAUCAGCGAAUCUCUUCCCGUGACAGUGUUUGUUUCCCAGGCUAUUGAUGAUCGUGUGGCUGUCCUUCGCAACCCCCUUUCCCUGUCGUCUGAGCAGGAGAGACUGGGCACAUUGGUAAUUAUCGGUGGCACGACACUGCCGGUUUUCCAUCUCGUCGAAGAUAUUUGCGCAAACCUAUCUUCCAAGUUUUCCAAUACCAUCAUCUGCGAGAGCAUUGAGGAUCUUGCAUCUCCUAGUUCGGUGGCACCUUCAGGGGCCACCAUUCUGUGUUUGACAGAGUUCGAUGAACCGUUCAUGAAAAGGCUAACUCCGCAGAAGUUUCAUAGCCUACAAAGACUUUAUGAGAUAGCGGGGACGUUAGUAAUGGUUUCGUGUGGCUGCAGGGCAGAUGAACCCUACUCCAUGAUGCUUGUCGGGAUUGGGAGGACGGUGAAAACCGAAAAUCCGAACAUCAACCUCCAACUAGUUGACAUCGAAAAGAUCGAUAAUUCAACAGCCAAUAUUCUGUCUGAAACUAUUGUCAGCCACUAUCUUCUGCGAAAAUGGAGGUCCAGGACAGAGCCUCUCCUCUGGUCUACAGAACCAGAAAUCAACUAUCAAGACAGACGCAUGUUGAUUCCAAGACUCUUACCCAGCACGGCUAAAAACCAACGCUACAAUUCGCAACGACGGGUGAUCACCAAAGAAGUCGAUCCACAGAAAGAGACCCUACAGAUUAUUAAGGCUGGUGCAAUAUUUAAUAUCGAAGAGGUCUCGCCCUUAUAUAAUCCUAGCGCAACAUCAUCCGACGAUGUGCUGGUUCGGACAAUUUACUCCUCACUUCAGUCUUUGAAGGUCGGGAGCACGGGGUUUCUCCGACUCGUCUACGGUGUGAUCCAUGAUUCAGGGAAAACAGUCAUUGCCCUUACAUCGUCUACUCAGUCACCGGCCGUUAUACCGUCGAAGUGGUGUGUCACAGUGGAACGCCAUGCUAUGGGCCGUAGCCCCUUAUCCUUUCUUGCCUCGGUCGCUGCUAAAAUAUUAAUGACAGCAGUGCUAAACACUGUAACAGAAGGCGAGGUACUCGUGGUUAGGGAGGCAGAUGAGCCUAUAAGGUCUUACCUGCGGGACGGUGCCAGGGUUCUGGGUGUCAGGAUUCUUUUUGUCACCAGUCAGGACCACGAUGAUACUGCUGACAGUUUUUACAUCCACCCCAGGCUGUCGCAGCAGAAGCUGAAGCAGCUGCUUCCUGAAAAUGUCACUACCUACGUUGAUCUUUCGGUCGGGUCAGACAGCAGCAGUUUCUCAGAAAGUAUUGAAAGGUGUCUCCCGCCACAAUGCACGCACAUUAAGCGCAGCUCUCUCCUCAGCAAUGAUCUCAAUUAUCCAUCUCUGAGUGUUGCCGGCAGUAUCAAUCAGCUUCUUCGGCAGGCAAUCGAGACUGUCACCCAUUCUGCCGAGCCUAUGGUCAUUCCGCUUAGCCACGUACCUAGUCUUUCUAUGCCUGAUGAGCGUUUUGCAGUGGUUGAUUGGUCGAUCCAAUCUGCCCCCGUUAGAGUACGGCCAAUUGAUUCUGGCAAUAUCUUUAGAUCAGAUCGCACCUACUUCCUUGUCGGUCUGGCUGGUGAGCUUGGUCAGUCUUUGUGCCAAUGGAUGAUUUCCCAUGGAGCAAAAUAUGUUGUCCUGAGCAGUCGAUCUCCAAAGGUCAAUCCGAAGUUUACAGAGGCAAUGGGACGGCAAGGAGCCACUGUGAAAACGUUUUCGCUGGAUGUUACGAGCCGAAGGUCUCUAUGGGCGUGUUACCGAGAGAUCAACCGCACCUUGCCCACCAUUGGCGGCGUUGUCAACGGUGCCAUGAUCCUUCAAGACAGUGUUUUUGAAAAUAUGACUUACGACCAGUUCCUAAAGGUAAUAAAGCCCAAGGUCGAAGGUACCAAGCUCUUGGACGAACUAUUCUAUGACACGCCUCUGGAAUUCUUCAUUGUCACUUCAUCAAUCACCGCCGCGAUUGGCUUCAGUGGACAGAGCAACUACUCAGCGGCGAACACAUUCAUGACCUCUCUGAUGUACCAGCGGAGGAAAAGGGGUGUUCCCGGAUCGGCAAUGGAUAUCCCUGCGGUGCACGGUAUUGGUUACGCAGCUCAAGAAGAUAACUUUGAUUUUGAGUACUUCACUACCCUCGGCUAUAAUAAUGUCUCGGAGCAAGACUUCUGCACACUGUUCGCAGAAGCCAUUCUCUCCGGUCGUCCUGGCUCGCCUGAUGAGGCUGAGGUUGUAUCAGGUGUAAACUACGUUCCUGCGGACUUGGAUAUACCACAGACUCAUACUAGAGACAUCAAAUUUUCUCAUUAUAAUCUGACAACAAAGGAAGGGUCCACGACAGGUAGUGGCAAGGCUGCUGCGCAGGUGAGGGUCCAACUGCAGGGCGUUACUGAAGAGGAAGCGAUAUACGAGAUUAUCAAAGAAUCAUUUGUGGUGAAUCUCAAAAAGGUCCUACAGAUCUCACCUGAGGAUGAUGUCAACCUAUUCACACCACUCGUGGAACUAGGCCUAGAUUCACUAGUGGCAGUCAUGGUUCGCUCGUGGUUCUUGAAAGAGAUUGAGGUUGACAUUCCAGUCUUGAAGAUCCUUGACGGCAGUUGUAUUUCCGACCUUCUCCAGGUUGCUGUCCAAAAGAUACCUGCGUCGAUUACUGGUGCAGGUGAACCAAAGCACGAUGCAGCUGAUAUUCUCAGCGAACAGUCGCCUCAAAAACCAAAGAAACCCAUCUCCGAAACUGCUAUUUCGGAAGUACCCAGUGACUCUGCGUCUAACUAUUCCCCACUCAGAACGCCAAGCGAAAGCGAGGCUUCCUCUAUUGAGCUGCUGACACCAGACGAACCCGUGGAGUCCAAGCAGCUACAAUCACCACAUGAGCUAGCUCAAUCACAACGCGACUUCGUUGGUCGGAUAUCUCGCCCUGUACGUGAGUCUAUGUCCUUUGCACAAGCCAGGUUUUGGUUCCUUCACCAUUUCUUAAAGGACAAGAACGCUCUGAACUUUUCAACUUCUGUACGUCUUUCUGGAAAUCUCCGCGUUGGAGCUUUUGAGCAGGCUUUGGAUACCGUUGUCCAACGGCAUGAGGGUCUCCGCACUAGGUACCUAUGGUCAGAUGGAGAUACUAGUACCCCAAUACAAGAGGUGGUUGAUUAUCCCUUGUUGAAACUAGAGACCAAGCGCAUAAACUCCGAGGCUGAGGCAGCCGAAGAGCUCGAGAGACUACAAAGGCAUGAAUAUAACUUGGAAGACGGGAACUCAAUCAGAGCAAUGCUACUUACUCUAUCAGAUACCGUUCACUACUUUCUCAUUGGCUGUCAUCACAUUUCCCUGGAUGGACAAAGCAUGCAUGUUCUUCUCUCCGAACUCGACAGUGUAUACAACGGAAAGACUCUUCCUGAAAUUACACAAGCCUCUCAAAACCGAAGCUUUUCUGCCCGACAGCAACGUGAUGAUCAGUCCGGACUUUUGAGGAGUCAUAUUGACUAUUUUCGGACCGUCAUCCGUGGUGAUCCCGGCGCAAUUGAGCUUUUCCCUCUUGUUGAUAUCCCAAAGCGCAGAACUCUGGAUACUUACAGGCAUUAUCGGGUGUCAACCAGGUUAGGAACUGUGCUAGCUAGCAAGGUGAAAGCUAUCGCUCGCAAGCUCCAUAGCACAAACUUCCAUUUUUACCUUACCAUUCUCCAAGCCAUGGUCUUUCGCAUGCUUCCCAAUACCAAUGAAUUCUUCAUUGGCAUUGCAGACUCGAACCGAGUCGACAAGGAUUCAAUCAACACGAUUGGGUGUCUCGUCAAUUUAUUACCGCUCAAAUUCGACCGGGCAGAGUUCUCCAAAUUGGACAGCGCGGUUAAGCUCACUCGCAGCAAAGUGUAUUCUGCGCUACAGCACUCCAGAGUGCCGUUUGACGUUCUUGUUAACGAGUUGGGGAUCAAUCGUUCCACCACGCACACGCCAGUCUUCCAGAUCUUCAUGGACUACCGACUGGGCGAUCAGGAGAAAACAACUCUGGCCGGUUGUGAUGGCGAGCUGUCGUGGAAUAACGCUGCAACUGGAUAUGAUCUGCAUAUGGAAGUGCUUGAUACGGUAGCUGGAGAGUCGCUAGUUGUCUUGAAGGUCCAAGAGGCUGUCUAUUCCAAGGAAGCCGCCGAACUACUGCUUGGUGCUUUCGUCAAUAUCCUAGAGCACGCUACAAAGAGACCUGCGGAACAGGUUGAUCUGUCAACACCUCCAUUAUGGUCUGGUGAGGCUAUUGAUAGUGCUUUGACUUUAGGGAAGGGCCCCGAGUUGGAAACUGAAUGGCCAGCCACGGUUGCCCAUCAAAUCGAUAAAAUAAUUGAUGCACAUCCUGAAACCACUGCAGUCAGGGACGGACAUGGAAACGUUCUCACAUAUAGCAGGAUGGCCAACCGCGUAAAUACAAUUGCUGCUACCCUACUUCAACAUAUCUCUGGUGGUGACAGCGUAGCUGUUUUCCAAGAGCCAGGCGCAGACUGGAUUUGUUCGAUGCUCGCUAUUUUCCGUCUUGGUGCAGCAUAUGUUCCUCUAGACCUAAAGAAUGGCCUGGAACGGCUUGCAGGUGCUGUGGAAGUUGCUCAGCCACAAAUCAUCCUGUACGACAAGUGGACAGAACCUCAUGUUGCCAAUCUUCGGGCGUCAGAUGCGGUUGUCAUCAAUGUCUCCAGUAUUUGCAACACUACUGCUGCAAACAUAGUGAACAGGGCCACUGCGGAGAGUACUGCCGCAAUACUGUUCACCAGCGGAUCCACUGGUGUCCCCAAGGGUAUUGUCCUGCCGCACUCCUGUUUCGCAACGCAUGUUGAAGCGGUCGAAAAAGCUUGGAAGGUUGGACCGAGCGUGGUCCUCCAGCAAAUCGCCCUCAGUUUUGACUUUUCAUUGCAUCAAAUAUUCACAGCCCUGGCCAAUGGAGGAACCCUCUACGUGGUUCCGUCCGCGAAACGGGGUGACCCAUACGAAAUUUCAAGGAUUAUGAUGCAAGAAAAGGUUACCCACACCCUCGCCACUCCAACGGAGUAUGGCAUGUGGUUUGACGCUGGGUCGGACAUCCUUUCCCGGUGUGUACAUUGGAAAUGGGCUCUUACCGGUGGCGAGGCCCUACCAAAGUCGAUUGUUCGACGAUUCCGAGACUUGAAAUCCAGUAACCUGAAGGUCUUCGACUUCUACGGUCCGGUGGAGGCCACCAUUGCUCUAACUAAGGGGGAAGUUGAUUUCGCACUUGCUGAUCUUGAACCACCCAUUCCAGUCGGGAGUAUCCUGCCCAACUAUUCGGUCUACAUCCUAGAUGAAGCCCUACACCCUCUCCCGAUCGGUGUUCCCGGGGAGAUCGUUGUUGGAGGUCCAGGAAUUGCAGCAGGAUAUCUUGGACAACCUGAGCUUACCAAUGAGAAGUUCAUUCCUGUUCCUCACAUCUUGCAGGAUAGGCGCGCAGAGGCCCACGGCUGGAACAAACUUUAUCGAACAGGAGACCGGGGGCGUCUCAACAGGGAUGGCACUCUCAUCUACGAGGGUAGAAUCAACGGGGAUAACCAGAUCAAACUUCGUGGCAUCAGAAUUGAACUAGGAGAGAUUGAGAAUGCCAUCUUGCAAGUUGCAAACGGCAAGCUCUGUCAAGCGUUGGUGGCUGUCCAUGGAGAAGCUGCUGACAAGUUCCUGGUGGCUUAUGUUGUUUUCUCGUCGCUAGGCGAGCCCAGUGAGAGGGUCCUGACAGAUAUUCAAGCAGCACUUCCACUUCCUAACUAUAUGCGUCCUUCACUAUUCGUUCCCAUCGAACGUGUCCCUGUGAACGUGCAUGGGAAGGCAGAUCGCAAAGCUCUUUACAAUAUUCCUCUACCAGAUAUUUCAAGCCCAGGCCCUACCAACCCUGAUAAGAUGAAUGAACGAGAAACCAGACUAUGUGAACUAUGGAAAGAGGUUCUGCCAGGAUCUGGAACAACAAUUCACGCGGGUACAGACUUCUUCCAUAUCGGGGGUAACUCGCUCCUUCUCGUGAAACUUCAACGCGUCCUUCAAGAAUCAUUGGCGUUUACGCCGCGACUGGCUGAUCUUAUGAACUCUAGCACGCUGGGUGAGAUGGCUAAAUUGCUAGAGGAUACCUCUGUUAAUGUUGUCGACUGGGAGGUCGAGCUCGCUAUCCCACCAUCCUGGGCCAAUAUCCUUCCAAGCGUCCCAGUAUCCCGCGCAAACGACAACUUAACUAUAGUUUUGACAGGUGCCACCGGGUACAUUGGCCGUCAUCUGCUCUCCUCGCUAAUUGAAGAUGCUCGAGUUUCGAAGGUCAUUUGUCUUGUCCGCGACGUGACGAAGUUAGCAAUAGACUCGGAGAAAGUCAAGGCCAUCGAGUGCAACUUUCAGAAGGCCAAGCUUGGUCUUUCAUCAGACACCCUAAACAAUUUGUCUGAUAACGCCGACAUAGUGGUGCACUGCGCGGCUAAUCGCUCUUUCUGGGAUGACUAUCAGGCACUCCGGGCCGUUAAUUUCCUUUCUGUCCACGAACUUGCUCGGUUGUGUCUUUCCCGCAAGAUUCCACUUCACUUCUUUUCUUCUGGAGCCCUCAGGCACCACGAUAUCCUGCCCGAUGCUCGAGGUGGGUACUUGACCAGCAAAUGGGCAGCGGAGCAAUUUCUUCACAAUGUAUCUCAACAAUUUAAUAUCCCAGUGUACAUCCACACCCCAUGUGAAGCACCGCCAGAUACGCCAUUCACGACCAGCUCCAUAGUGGAGCAGGACUUUAUCGAUUGUGCCCAGCUCAUCGGUGCGCGCCCCGAUAUUACAGCGACAUCUGGUUAUAUGGACCUUCGGCAAGCGACUACAUUUAUUGCUUCGGUAUCCGAGGUUAUCCUCAAGACUAUGGACGAUAACGAUGGCAUGGACGCUGUAUACAAGAGAGUGUUAUACCCUGCCGACCAUCGGUUUGACAUCCAAAGCUCUAUGAAGGAAGCUUACUCGAGAUCCACGUGGAAAUCUCUCCCGACAAUGGAUAUGCUUCAGUGGAUGGGCAAGGCGAAACAAAACGGUUUCCCUUAUGUUUUGACAGCUCAGAAUAUUAUUAUGAGUUCGGGACAGGGGCGGGUUAUUUCUCGGCGAUAGGUUUUCUGCAUUGUAUGGCACAUCAUUUCAAGUUGUAUAUAUUUUUAAAGGCUGCAUGUG